ACUCGUCUUUGUCUCUUACCGUCAUCUUCAGAACUGCUCAUACCCCUAUCAAACACGUACUUACUUCAAUCCACGAAUCUACAUCCGAAAUGGUAUCCAUGGACAUCGAUAUGCACUCACCCUCGUUCCGCACCGCACGUACAUCUAAACGAUCGCGCUCUCCACCUUCACCUUCGCCCUUUGACCGACCCUCAAAACGGGUGUCUCUUGGGAUCCACAACCCUAUUCCUGUGGCUCGGCCACUACCAUCAUAUGCUGCUCCAUCACCAGUCCAAACGAGACAGCUAUCGGAAGAUUGGGUGGUCCAAACACGUGGACUCAGAAUAGAUAGAGACGGAUGUAGUCCACAGCUUGAGCAUGGGUCUAUGCUUGCUAAUAUUAUCUUGGAGGAGUCGGAUUCUGAGAGGUCGAUCAAGGUGCAUGAUCACAACAUGACCAUGGAUCAUGACGAACCUAUGCAUUCCCUAUCGGUGCCGCCACAAGUUCCUUGUCCUCCCAACUCGCCCGCUCACAUGGCACGGUCCGCUUCAAACCAUCCUCAUCAUCACCCUUCUCCUCAAGAGCCCUUCGAAUCGUCACCCUCUACGCACAUUCCUGCUUUCACACCUCGACGACCUCGCUUUCAACAAAUCUGUGAACCAUUUUCACAUCCUGGUACGCCACAACCACAACUUUCUGCAGAGGACUAUGCUAUGCAGUCCUCUCUAUCUUCGCCCCCUACUCCUCAGCCACAUCAAGGUCCAAGUCCAGGUGCUAGUGCAUCCGCGAGGAGACCACAGGUGAAAUUGACUAUGGGUCCGCGAGCUGAUUGCGAAAAGUGUCGGUUGGGCGUGAAAGGCCACUGGAUGCAUUUUGAAUGAAAUUUUUAUUGGUUUCGAUCGCUUAGGACUUUAGAGGUUGAAUCGGGACUAUCUUGUCAGGGGGUUACGUUUACACCACAGUCAAUAUCCGCUCAAGUGGAUGCCCCGGAAACCACUGCUCGGUUCGUUUCACUCAUGAUCAUUACUUAUUAAUUCACAUGUUACACUGCACAUCGUUCUCGCUUUCCUGCACACAUGUUCUGCUCAUUCCAUGUUGUCUCUCUUGCACCUUACAGUACCUUGUACAUGUAAAUACAGUCAUUAAUACCCACUGCAUACAGCAUAUUCUGAUGUCUAGAAUU